GGGGGCGCCGUCGGGGGGCUCCUAGGGGCCUGGAUGACCAGCGGGCAGUUUAAGCCGGUCCCUCAGAUCCUCAUGGAGCUGCCGCCCGCCGAGCAGGAGAAGCUACACAGCGGGGUCAUGGCCCUCGUCAGGCACCUGCAGUGGACGGACGCCGUGCAGCUCACCAUGCUGGUCAUGGGCAGCGAGGCCCUGCAGGAGCGGCUGCUGGCGCUGCUCGUCGGCUACGUCACCAAGGAGCUGCAGGCCGAGGUGCAGUACGGAGACUAGGCUGGGGGGGGCACCGGACUCGGAGAGCGCCUGGGGGCCUGUGCUGGGUCCUGUUCUGGAAAAUGCUGAUGAAGACGCCGUGGGCGCGGCCCGUGGGGAGCUGGCGCCCGGCAGAGGCGCCUGUGGCUGAGGGGGACAGGUUCUGCGUCCAU